UUUAAAUCGAGGACGGGCGCUCCCACCGCGUGCCUGCGGCCAGGCGGUGGUAGAUCUGAACGAGGUAGCUUUCUAGAGAAGCGGGCGCGUGCCCCGGAGGCGCUUUCCCGGUGGCUGCCCUCACGCAUCGACAGCACCAUGGGCAGCCUAAUCUACCUAUCCAUCAUAACCGCCGUGACCGCCCAACGCACCUUGAUCCUGACGAACAAGGCCCUCGAGGCCGUCGAAGCGGCCAAGGACCUCGCGCGGCAGCGGCGCCACGCGCUCCUCGAGCCGCACCACGUGGCCACAACUCUCUUCUCCGACCCGAACACCUUCGUGCUGACUCAGCGUCUUUUCCGAAGUUUUCUGAACUUCAAGUUGCGUCGACGGCGUCGUAGCGAUGUCUUCAUGAUCAUCAGAGAGUCCACGCGCCUCGCGUAAUCUGUACAACACAGGCCAGUCGAGUGCUGAAGUCGGCGGGCGGCGACGCCGCUCUCCUCCACGCCGAACUCCGGAAGGAGUUGCGGAGAUUGCCUCGAGGCGACAACGACAACACCCCGCAAUCUGCCAUCUUGGAGGUGCGAUCUCGGCGUCCCGUCGUGUGGAGGCGCCUUCACGCCAUCGACGCGACUCGUGGCCAUCUCACGAUGACGUGGGUCGUUUCUUUUUUGCGGAAGAGGCCGUUCGGACGAGACCGCGAUGCUCCGCGCAGGACACCUACAAACGCAUCUUGAGGGAGGUCUCCGGCAGUAAAGGCACCGUGGCCCACCUCCUCAUUGCGUUACUAGACGAUGAACCUCUAAAGAAGUGCGUUCCCAAGAGUGGCACGACUAUCCAAGCGGUACGAGACGCGACCAAAAAAGCGGCCAAAGCAGCGGGAGUGGAAGACGCGGCCGAGACCUUCGACGCCUUGUCGUUGUACGCCAUCGAGCUCGUUGAAAGGGCGGAGCACGGGCAACUGGACCCUGUGAUAGGAAGAGAUUCCGAGAUAAGAAGACUCGUCCAAGUGCUCUCGCGACGGAAGAAGAACAAUCCCGUGCUCACGGGGCCGCCGGGCGUCGGCAAGACGGCCGUCGUCGAGGGUCUGGCGCUUCGCGUACUGGAGGGUGCUGUCCCGGAGCCGCUCCGACGGGCGAAGAUCUGGGCGUUGGAUUUGGGGCUCCUGAUGGCCGGCGCUUCCCAGAGAGGCGCGUUUGAAGCUAGGUUGAAGGCCGUCGUCCAGGAAUUGGAGCGGGACCCGUCGUCGAUACUUUUCGUCGACGAGAUGCACAUGCUCAUUGGCGCGGGCGGUGCGUAUCUCGGCGUUUUGAGGUGUUGCGGCGCCUUCACUUCCUUGAUAUGAGUCGUCUCCAGGAAUGAUGGACGUGGGUGGUUUCUUUGUCGAUUUCGAGGCCGUUCGCAGGUCAAGGCGCCGCCGACGCCGCGAACUUGCUCAAACCCGCCCUAGCGAGAGGGCAAUUAAGGUGCAUCGGCGCCACUACGGACUCCGAGUACAUGAAGCACAUCGAGCGGGACGGGGCGUUCGAGCGGCGGCUGCAACGCGUUUCUGUAACAGAGCCCGACGUUUCGGCCACCACAGCUAUCCUGCGAGGUCUGAGAGAUACGUACGAAGCCCACCACGGCGUCCGUGUCUUAGAUGAGUCGUUGCAGCACGCUGCUGUCUUAGCUGAACGAUAUAUCAGUGAGAGACACUCGCCCGACUCCGCGAUUGACCUCUUGGACGAAGCCUGCGCCCGGAGACGUGUACUGUUAGAUAGUAGGCCCCAAAUCUUAGAUUCAUUGAACCAAGCGGCGAACGCGUUGUUGGGCGAAGUGCAAGCUUUGGAGACGGAAAUUUCUCUGAGAAAGAAAGGAUUUCUCGGAACGUAUUUCUUUUCUUCGCCGAAAAAUAUGGACGUGGAGCUGGUGCGGAAGCUCGAUUCGGCUCGAAGCUCCUACGCGCAUGCCGACGCCAAGAGGCAGGAGGCUACAUCAGCGUGGCGCGCGGAGAAGUCGUUUUAUGACGAGCUCCGAGCUAUUAACUUGGAAAUUGAGGAUGUGGAGAGAGACAUCGCGACGCAGGAGCGCCGUUCACGUUAUGAUGAGGUCAAUGAAGGGAAGAGGCAGCUCUCGGUGCUGCAGCGGCGGCGGUUGGACGCGGUCCGAAGUGCGCAGAACGCAUCAUCAACAUAUGGUGCUACGGACGUCGUCUCGGCCGCUGAUGUGGCCGAGGUCGUCGCGCGAAGCACGGGUAUUCCCGUAGCGCGCCUGUCCUUGGACGAAGGGCAACGACUGCUCGAUCUAGCGGAACGACUGUCUAGAAGAGUCGUGGGCCAGAAACGAGCCACGGAUGCGAUUGCGGGCGCUGUACUACGCGCAAGAGCGGGUUUACGAGAUGCGCAGCGACCGCGCGGUGCGUUUCUGCUGCUGGGACCGACCGGCGUCGGUAAAACGGAAACGGCACGGGCAUUGGCACAAGAGCUCUUCGACGACGCCCGCGCGUUGAUCCGCAUCGACAUGUCGGAGUACGCCGAGAAGCAUUCUGUUUCUCGGUUAGUAGGUGCUCCGCCCGGCUACGUCGGCCACGACGAUGGCGGCCAGUUAACGGAAGCCGUAAGAAGACGGCCCUACGCCGUCGUUUUACUGGACGAGGCCGAGAAGGCCCAUGCGGAUGUGUUUGACGUUUUUUUACAAGUGCUCGAGGACGGGCGGUUGACGGAUUCGAAGGGCCGAGUUGUCGACUUCUCGCACGCUUAUGUCAUACUUACUACGAAUGCGAAAGAUUCUUCUAGGUUCAAGCCCGAGUUCCUGAAUCGGCUGGAUCGCGUGUUGAUUUAUGAAAAAUUGGAUACAGAGUCGUUGAUUCGUAUCGCUUCCGUACAUCUGGAGGCUCUUGCGGAGCUCGCUUCGGAGGAGCACGGCCUCCUCAUACAAAUGAGUGACGACGCGGCUUCGGCUGUCGUGGACGCUUGUAGCGACGAAUUGGAGGCGUACGGCGCUCGACCUCUCAGAAGGUACGUGGAUCAAGUGGUGGCCACACAACUCGCCGAGCGCGUCUUGCGGGGGGAGCGGUCAUUGUCUCUCGUCUCAACGGGAGAUGGUGUUUCCAUCAGAAGCGAACUCUAAGUAUACCCUGUUAGUACGGUCAUAGCUAGGACGAACACUGCACAGAAGGCGCAGGGCGUCGCUCGUAAAAACGCCCCGAUCAGCGACGGCCGCGAAU